AUGGCCAAGGCACUCCCGGCCAGUCCACAAGAGUCUCCCUCCAACGAGUCCAUUUCUCCCGGCGCCAAACAGCGGAAAACGCGCAGCCGAAUAGCUUGCGAUGAAUGCCAUUCUCAGCAUGCCCGGUGUGAUCGCGUGUUCCCCUGUUCAAGAUGCCUGAGCAAAAAUAUUCAGUGCGGCUUCAGUCGAGAGCUCCGCAAGCGAGGACGAUUGCCCAAGCACAUUCCCCGCCCAGGAACUGGGAUAAUGACAGGAACACCCGGCGUUUAUAAUGCAGAUAACGCACAGUUUGUGAUCUCGCCGACAGCUAGCGAUGCUCUGACUUCUGAAGGUUCCCAACAAAGCUCCUGCUAUGUGAAGGAUGUGCCGGUUUUAUUGAGUCAGGGGAUCGAAUGCCCCCAGUCGCUCGAUGAUCUGGUUUGUCCUAUACAAAGAUGUGAAGAGGAUGAUUUGUUGAACGAAUCGCUGCUGUUUCAGGCUGAGUCUGCAGACUUUCCGGGUCUUUUGACCGGGAUUGCGCUAGAAGAUGGUCCAUUUCCCUUGGACACACUUACGCCGACAGACUUCCCUGAAACCAGCAGCCCUAGACAUGCCGGAUCAGAAAUUUUUACUUCCACACCACCACCGACUUUAUUGAGUUUGAGAUUCCCUGUCCUACAGCCACUACUUCCCUUCAUCCAGUCCACUAUUUCUGCAGAACUGGCGUGCGGGCUUCUCGAUUUCUACUUCACCAGCGCUUUCCCCGGGCAUAUGCAUCCCAUCUGCCAUCAUAUCCACUGCUACGUUGUCCGAAAAGCCUCCUUCUUAGACGAGAUCCGCCCUCGACCGAGUAGUCUGGCACUCUUGGCCAGCAUGUUAUGGGUCGCCGCCUCAGACGACCGGGCAUUUUCCUUGCCAAUUUCGCCCCGUUACCGAAAGCAGAUUUGCCAUUUCCUCCACUCGCUUACCGUUCAAUUGUUGAGACCCCUAGCACACACGCCUAUAUAUGGGCCACGGAAGACAAUAAUGGACAGGACUCCCUAUUCUGAUGUAAAUCUCGCAAAUUUUUCUGGAUUUGCACAACCCUUCUUGUUGGCGAAUAGCCCUCAGGGCAAUGAGUUUUCUAGCGGUACUAUAGACGACGUGAUCACUUAUAUCCACAUCGCUUCCAUUCUUUCAGCAAGCGAGCAAAAGGCGCUUAGUAGGAAAUGGUGGUACGCAGCUUUCACCCUAGCACGAGACCUCGAAUUAAACCGCGAGGUCGAGGCAAUGCCAGCCAUGGACCUUCAGGACAACUGUUUCUCUGAACUGGAUUCCAGACUUGAUUGCUCUGUAGCAAAUCGACGUAUCCUCAGUUGCGUGUGUAACGACCACUCCGCACAUAUCACGGAAGUGCAACGUGAAGAGCGUCGGAGAGUCUGGUGGCUUCUAUACAUGAUGGAUCGGCAUCUCGCGCUAUCAGACAACCGUCCACUAGUACUUCUCGACUCCGAGAGCAAGGACCUUCUUCUCCCUCUAGAUGAGCACGCAUGGCAAGCUGGAGAAAUACACAGCAACAGCCACAAUGUCAUUGGACCUCAGUGCCUGGUGUCCGGGCCCAAGAACAAGCGCCGCGGGUUUCCCGACUUUACUUGCCACGAUCAGUCAAUCUUCGGGCUCUUUCUUCCUCUCAUGACGAUCAUGGGUCAAGUUGUCGACCUGAAUCAGAUGGAAAACCACCCCAUUCUCGGUGCAGGCGCUUCGGGAAAGAAAUCUCUGGAAACCUAUCGCAAUCAAGUGCUUCGCCAGCUCGAUGUAUACGAAAUCAGUUUCAAUGAGUUUAUUACGAGGAUCGCCACCACCGAGAGCGCGUUGUCGUCGAAUGCCAAUCAUCUUCAUACGCAUGCAUCCUCCCAAACUUACUGGAUGUCCCGCACAAUCGCCGCCUACGCCUCAUAUUACGUGCAAGUCCUGCACAUCCUCCUGGAUGACAAAUGGGACCCUACCACGCUCACCGAAGAUAGAGACCUUUCCACCUCGUCGCCGAACUUCACGUUGGCCAUAUCUCGCGCGCUAAAAGCAGCCGCCUCCGUCAAGCAAAUCCUCAAAUUCGAUCCUGACGUCAGCUUUAUGCCUGCGCUCUUCGAGACUCAACUCCUACGAGGCAGUUCAUAUUUUCUUCUUAUCAUCGAACGGCUACAAGAUGAAGCUGAUGAGUCCUUUUUGAGCGCGUGCGAGGUCAUGAUUCGAGCUGUAGAAUCCUGCAUCGUCACAUUGAAUACCGAGUCCCAGAGGAGUUUCUGUCAGAUUAUGCGGAGGGCAGUCGCCCGAGCGCGUGGGCGACCAAUUAACCAUUGUGAGGUUCAAAGAAGGCAUAGGGCUAUUUUGGCCUUGUACGGACGGACGGAAACCGGGUCGGCACUUUAG